CUGUGAGAAAUCUGUCGUGGCCUGUUCGGCAGGAGUUUGAAAUUAUCUUGCUUGUGUUUGCUAGAAGUUAACUGUGAUUUUGUUUGCACAAGGAUGGCAGGAAUUUUAUUUGAGGAUAUCUUUGAUGUGAAGGAUAUUGACCCGGAAGGUAUAAAGUUUGACAGAGUUUCUCGCUUACACUGUGAAAGUGAAUCCUUUAAAAUGGAUCUAAUACUUGAUGUAAACAUUCAGAUUUACCCUGUUGAACUAGGUGACAAGUUUCGUCUUGUGAUAGCAAGUACUCUUUAUGAAGAUGGAACGCCAGAUGAUGGAGAGUAUAAUCCCACAGAUGACCGGCCAUCGAGGGCUGACCAAUUUGAGUAUGUCAUGUAUGGAAAGGUUUAUAGAAUAGAAGGCGAUGAGAGUUCAACUGAAGCAGCCACCAGACUAUCAGCCUAUGUAUCAUAUGGAGGUCUACUGAUGAGGCUUCAAGGUGAUGCGAAUAACUUACACGGCUUUGAAGUAGAUUCCAGAGUCUACCUGUUAAUGAAGAAGCUUGCUUUUUAAGUUACAUGGACAAUAAUGAUGGCAAUCCGAAUGUUUCUUGCUUUAUCAUUGAAAUCAAGUUUUUUUGUUGUUAAAUAAUCAGCAAGCAUUUAUUGCCUUACAUUUCUAGUUUCCCCUGUUUUAAAGGAGAUUGUAUAGAAAAGUAACUGCCUAAGGAAAAGUAUUUGCCUCACUAUGUGAAACAAAAGAAUAUUUUAUAAACUGGCUAUUAAGUAAAAAGAAAGUACUUUUAAUAAUAGGUACAAAAUGGGUAUACAGGUAAUUGAACUUCUCAUUGCAAAUAAAAAUGUGCUUGUGUUCAGUGGUAAAGGCUUAUUUACAAAGAAUUAGUGUACCACAACCAAUAGUAUGACCAGUUUUACUUUUCAAAAAAUUUGAUCUGAGAAAAGGGAUCAGUUGAUUUGUAUUAGCUGUGAGAAGACAAUGGGCAAACUAGGAUCUCUUGAGAAUGCAAGGGGCAAACUAAAACCUCUGGUAUUUGGUCAUUUCAGCAGCAGAAAUAUAAGUGGGAUUUUCAAUGUGGGCUUUAGGACAGUGCUGUAGCUUCAACUGAGGACAAGAAGCCACAUUGCAUGAGAAACAGUUACAGGAAUUGUUCACUCAAUUGCUUUUCAGAGGAAAGAGGUUACAUUCUGAGAAAAGUUGUCUUAAAGGCAGAGAGUAAGAUAGGGAGGCAGAGAUUUCAGCACAUGCAACUGAAAGCACAAUCACUGAUGCUGAAGUGAUUAUAAUUGGGGAUUCUUAAGAUGCCAGAGUUAGAGGAGUGCAGAUGUUGUUGAGGGUUAUGAGCUCGGAGGAGAUUCCAUAGAUUCAGAGAGGUGAGGCCAUAAAUGGAUUUGAUACAAGAACAUUUUAAAAGCAAGCUAUUGUUUGACAAGAAGCCACUGUAACUCAGUGAAUGCCCAAAACAGAAAUUGCUGCAGUCACUCACCAGGUCUUGCAGCAUCUGUGGAGAGAAAUCAGAGUUAACGUUUCAUAUCGAAUGACUGUUCCUCACAAUGAUCUGAUUUUGUUUCUGACUUACAGCAUCUGCAGUUCUUUUGGUUUUUAACUCAGUGAGUGUACUUGGCUGAUAAGUGAGCCAGCCUUAAUGUAAGUUACGACUCUGAAGCAGUAUUUUAAUGACCUGAAUUAUUUGGAAGGGCGAAUGUUGAAGUGCAGCCAGGAGUGUUUUGGCAUAGACAACACUGGUGCAACCAAUGAUUUGAACAACACAUGAGCCAUGAACAUAUGAACAAGAUUAGGUCAGCUUGCUUUGACAAUAACAUAUGGCAGAUCUGAUAUUGGCGAGACCAAGCAGAUGCUAUGACAUUGGAUGAAUGGAUACCGUGCAACAAUUGCCUGACAGAGAUGUGCCCUCCCAGUUGGGAAACACUUCAGCAAUCAAGGACAUUCGACUUUGAAUUUUUGGAUGACCAUCCUCCCAGGUGGACUUUAGGAUACGUAACAAUGCAGAGUCACAUAGCCAGGUUUAGUACCCAUGAGGAUGGCCUCAACUGGGUUCUGGGGUUUAUGCCACACUACAUGUGACCCCACUACACUCUACCUGUUAAUGAAGAAGCUUGUUUUUUAAGUUACAUGGACAAUAAUGAUGGCAAUCCUAAUGUUUCUUGCUUUAUCAUUGAAGUCAAGUUUUUUUGUUGUUAUAUAAUCAACAAGCAUUUAUUGUCUUAAUUUCAAAGGUGAUCCUAGAAUUUCUUUCAAGUCACAGUCCCGAGAUAACUUAUCACCUUUUUUUAUAAAAUUUUAUCUCAGCUCAGACAAUGCAUUAAAUGUGUGAGGUUAGUCUGUAUCCCAGUGUUGAGUCAGAGCGGUUCUAUUGUCAAAGUAGGACUUUAUAAAAUGUCUCAUGGACUAAUUCCCUACAGAUUGUGUGCUUUUUGAACAAAAUAGAAUGUAUCUGCAAAUGCAAAUUCACCCCAUAGUGAGUGAGUGAGCGCGAGAGGGAGUGUAAAUGUUGAAACACGCGCACCCUCUUGUAUAGAGGCAUAUGCUUCGUCACACUUGCGUACACACUCUACCAAACACCUGCACAUUCUCUCUCUCUUGCACUCACUCACUCAUGAAGUACUUUGAAAGGCCGGUCAUGGCAUUAAUUAACUCCAGCCUCCCCACUACACUUGACCCACUCCAAUUUGCUCAUCGGACCAACAGAUCCAUGUCAGAUGCCAUUUCACUUGCCCUUCACUUCUUCCUAGAACAUCUUUACAUCAAGGACAUAUAUGUAAGAAUCCUACUCAUUGACUACAGUUCAGCUUUCAAACUGUUAUCUCUGCGAGACUGGUUACUAAACUUAAUGAUCUUGGACUAAGCCCAACCCUGUGCAACUGGAUCCACAGUUUCCAUACCCACAGGCCACAAUCGGUGAAGAUUGGGGAUAAUAUUUCAUCCUCAUUAAUACUCCCCAGGUGUCUCUAGUCCGCCCCUGACUGGACUCACUGUAUACCCAUGACUGCAUUGCCAAAUACCAGACUAAUGCCAUUUAUAAGUUCACUGAUGACACCACCAUAGUUAGUCGAAUCUCAGAUGGCGAUGAAACAGACUACAGUUGGGAGGUGGAAGACCUGGAAAAAUGGUGCAGUGAGAACAACCUGGCUCUCAAUGCUGGCAAAACCAAGGACCUCAUUAAUUUUCAGCGAGAUGUUACUCAUGCCCCCUUACACAUUAACAGCGCAGAGGUGGAAAGAGUGUCAAGCUCUUGGAGGUGGUCAUCAACAACAAGCUUUCUUGGACUGUUCAUGUGAACGCACUGGUUACAAAGGCCCAACAAAAUCUCUUCUUUCUCAGGCAGAUGAGAAGAUUUGCCAACUUUUAUAGGUGCGUCAUUGAGACCACUCUGUCUUGACCUGGUAUGUCAACUGUAACAUUCAAGAUCGGAGACGGUUACAGAGAGUGGUGAACUUGGCCUGGACAAUCACAUACAACAACCUCCCAUUGAAAAAAUCCAUUUGCCAGGCCCGCUGUCAGCAUUCUCAAAGAUCGAUCCCACCCUGGCAAUGUUUUUCUACAAUCUGCACCAUUGGGGAGAAGGUACAGAAGCCUGAACACAUACACCAGCUGGUUUUGAAACAUUUUCUACCCUACUGUUGUUAGAAUACUGAAUAGACUCACAAACGCUUAGCAUUCGCCUGUACCUAUGUUUGGUUUUUGCCUCUGUUUACCUAUUAUUUACUAUCUAUGCUAUUUAACUCCAUGAUCUGCCUGUAUUGCUCAUAAGACAAAGCUUUUCACUGUGCCUUGGUACACGUGGCAAUAAAUUCAAUUCAAUUCAAUAUUUAACAGCAAUCUAGGUUUGUUCAAUACAUUGCAUCAGUUUGUAUGACACUUUGUACACAGAAUUUAUUGUAAAAGAUCAAUGAUCCUGCCCCACUGGGUACCUGAUGAAAGAACAGCACUCCAAAAGCUUGUACUGGCAAAUAAACAUGUUGGACUAUAA